AUGCGCCAAUGGGGCUCCUCGCUGAACCACAAUGGGAUGUCCUUCUUCCUGGCCACGGUCCCCGCUCAUACGCAGCUCUACCACGGAACGUGGAAGGAAGAGGCGAUCACGGGUACGGAAUGGCUCGCGUUCGAACCGGAACAUGCUUUGAUUUUCGCACGCCCGAGACGCGGUGGUCCGCCUAUGAAGCCGAAGCCUGGACACCCGCCGCCGUCGCCGCCGCCAGGGAAAGGACAUCAGCCUCAUCAUGAUGGACCACCACCACCACCAGGACCGUUCGACAAAGGUGGACCGCCACGGGGGAAAGGAGGGCCACCGCCGCCACCACCAUUUCCCUUCGACUUCCACCAUGGAGGCCCCGGAGAUGCGAGAAGAAGAGACGGCAAAGGAAAGGAAGACCACCCUCACCACGACAUGGCCGGCGCAGAACGCCAGCACCGACAGCAAAUCCCCAUGAACCACCAUCCCGAAGGCAACAGCAACGACGAGGACGAUGAAGACCCACCACGCCACGGAUACCUGCACACCUACGCCCCGCCCAGACCGCUCAACCUCCUCUACAUCGACGGCAUGUCGGCCGGGAAGACGCCGAACGGCACGCUCGACACGCAGGACCUGCUGCUGCUCAACUGGACCUCGGCGGGGGCCGGCGAGAACAUGUGGCGCGAGUACGAUCGCGCGGUCGGCAUGUGCAACAUGACGAGGGACGUGUGGGCGGGCGGCAAGAUCGAUGGGGUUAUCAGGAUGGAAGGCGGGUUUGAGAUUAUUCUCUGCGAUUUCGAGAAGUCCGUCGAACUCAAAGAAGCCAUGCCCGUUCGGGGCUGGAAUUGGGGCGGCAUGAUGGGUGGGUGGUCGUACUACCAAGCCAUCGCGAAGAGGUAUCAUGGUAUUGGGGGUGGCCGGGUCGAAUUGGAUUAUGACAACUUCGUUACCGUGUUCGACUACCCUGAAAUGAACAUCUGGGACAACGACGUUCAGUCUGACGUCCGCAUGCCAAGACUGCAGAACGUAGCCGUGGAUGACUUGGCGAAGGUGAGAGAAGCGGUCACAAGCAUGAUACUAGCGAGACAGGAGAGGAAAGAGAAAGGAGAAGACGACAGGAACUGGCAGGAGAUCGUCGAUAUGGUGGUGAUGCGCUACAGCUCCGCACUGCAUUAUCUGCAGACCAAGGCACGACAUGACGGGGACCAAUUCGCAGACGUCCUUGCCUCGUUGCUCCGUCCGUUCGUUGACAAUCCUGAACGGAAUAAGACGCUUGAGACGAGGCGCUGUGUCGCGCAGGUGGUGCCGGUACUGCCAGAUGACUCCAAGAGUACGAUUGGCUUGAGCCGUCGUUCCGUAUACGAUGUCACAGCGCGUAUAUGUGGCACGCUGCUCGCUGCGUACGAUUCCUCCACGCAGGAUAUUUCGUUGUUGCCUAGACAGUCGUCAUCUCCCCCGCCAGCACAUGCGUUGGAGCUUGUCGACGAAUUGGUGGCGUGGCUACAGUGGUCAACCUGGAAGGAGUGCAGGGGGUGUGAGGAUGAAGAGCUUUGCAUGAUUCCAAUUUGGCCGGUCGGAACGCAUGAGGACCAUAGGAAUCCGCAAUGUCGCAAUGAGAAGUCGGCGAGCGAGAGACGUGGGUACUGGGGUUAG